AUGACAAGAAAUAGUGAUACUGAAAGCAACGAGUGCAAGACGACUCCAACUCUUGUUGGUACAUCCGUAAGAGAUAUCGACGACGCUCAAAACCCAGAUUAUUGCACUGAAAAAGCCCUGAGUAUGCAUGGAGAAUCGUCUUCGCAUAUCUUAGAAAGGAUCCAUUCACAUACGAAUAUUAAAAAUCACUUGGAUUCUUAUGAAAGCAUUCAAGAUUUGAAUCGUGAGGGUGCGCUAUUAACUGACGACAAUGAUGUGGAUUUAGAACAGCUUGUCACCGAGAAACUGGAAGGUAUUUCCGCGCUAAAACAGCAGCUGACCAAGAAGAAAAACUCUCAGGCUUCCCGUGAUCACCAACACCCCCCUUAUCCACAUAGUGCUAGACUUCGGAGCAGUGGAAGUAGCGUAAAUGAUCCAUAUUACAGCCAUGUAUCGUCUGAGAACUCAAACUCUAGUCUUGCCAUUUCCACUGACCCUAUUGAGGAUUCUAUGAGCAUGGGAUCUGCUAGCAGCCAUCAACACACUGCUACUGAAGAAAGUACCGACACUGGUCGUAUUAGAAACCUCUACGGAGAGUUCAUCCCUAGCAGGUCCCACAUCCCCCAUUUGGCAAGAGGUGAUUCCUACCAAAAAACUGGUGUGGAAGGAGAAGAACGUCUGGGCAGAUCCUCAAACCGCGGGGGAAGCUCUUCGGCCGACUACUUGCGAUCGCUUUCUCGUUCAAUGCAAAGGGGCAACUCAUUGCAGAGAAGCAAUGCCAAUGAACAACAGGAUGAUAAGAAUAUCACCUAUAACACUAACAACUACAUCAUAUCCCAAAUAGAAAUGGAGAUGGCUCCUUUAGUUAUUAGGGAAGAUGAAGAAGAUCGCUAUAAGGAAUCGCCUUCAGCGAGGCCUCCCCAAAGGUAUUGA